CCCUUUAACACAUGCAGCUGAUGACGCCACCCGCUGUCCAACAAGCAGCACAACAAGGAAGUGUCCAGCGCCUCCUGUUCAACUCGUUAGGACCUUAGGGUUUUAUGAGCUAAUGUUUACCUUGUAGCGCAGGAUGCCUGUUGAAAGCCCGGAGGAGAGGAGGGUGGAGGUGCUGGCGCUGCCUCCAGGAGUGGAUGAGGAGCUGCUCUUUCUGUACUUUGAGAAUAAGCGCCGCUCCGGGGGAGGUCCACUCGUCUCUGUGGAGAAGAAGGGUGACCGUGCUAUACUGGAGUUUGAAGAGGCAGAGGCUGCAUCCCAAGUGCUGUCUAAAGGGCACCACGUUCUGCAUAAUGUGGAGCUGACUGUGAGAAAGCCUGCCUCAAAGGACCGAUGUAGACUGCUGCUGCAGGGGAUCAACCCCAACACCAGCAGUGAUAUGAUAGAGCUCUACGUGGAGAACAUGAUGGGGGUGCGUGAUUUCACUCUGUAUCCCUCACAGCGGGGGGAUUUUAUCCUCAUUCACCUCAGCCAACCCUUCUCGAAAGAUUUCCAAAACCUUAGUGCUAAAAUCUCCAAGAAGAUGCUCAAUGGGUCCACGGUCACUCUUGAACAGAUUGAGCAAACUGACUCCAUCUUAGUGGAGAACCUGCACCCUGGCACCACUCCAGACCUGCUCACUUUGUACUUUGAGAGCAACGGAGGUGGGAAUCAGAAGGUGAAGUCGGUCACACUGCUUUCAGAGAGCACAGCAAAGGUGUCCUUUGUUAAUUAUGAAUCUGUGAACCCUGUCCUGGAGCUCCCACACAAACUGGAAGGUGCUGAUCUUGCAGUGAUGCCAUACUUUGACUUUCUUCAACCUACAGAAAGAUUAACAUCACAAGCCUCUGGGAUUGGAAGCCAAGAAAUGACUGAGAGAAACUCAGAGGAUCUGAGUGAUAUUCAGAUGCAGACCAGUCCUCCAGUGGUGGCUAUUGCAAACAGCCAGUCCUCCUCUCAGACGUCCUCUGAGCCUCUUGCUGCCCAUGAAGCAGUAGAAGAGGCAUCAGGAGAUGCCAUCGAGGAUCAAAUGGAGGAAGAAGAUACACUGUCAGACCAUAUUCCUAUCGCUGACCCAGCAAAACUUGCUUUGUUUCAGCUUAGCACCUUUCAACAGGAUAGUGAAAAGGCUCACCCAGAUGUCACCAUCCAAAUCAAAGACAAUGGUGUGCACAUUGCAGGGACUGACAGACAAACGUUUGAGCAGAUAAAACACACAAUCUUGGACUAUUUUGGCAAAAUGGCUGAGACUCACUUCACCCUGGAGCCAGAAAAGGCUCAGUUCCUUGAAAGAAAAGAUGUAAAAAAACGGCUACUGCAAAUCAUGGGUCAAACCGAGUCACCUGCCAUGUACACCGUAUCAGACUGUAAUGUUGCGGUAACCUCCCUAUCCCAGAACUCGGCUAACCAGGCGUGUAACUUUUUGAAGUCCCAGCUGUGUCACUUCAGCAUACCGCUGGAUACAGAAUAUGAGGGCAUGUUAAACUGCAGAGAGUGGUCUGAGUUUGUGCAGGCUCUGGGUUUCUCCUCUGUAAAGGUGUCAGAACAAGGAAGGAAUACUGAUGUGUUGACUCUGAAAGGAAUGGAGAGUGAGAAGCAGACUGCAAUCCUGCAGUUCCUUGCUACACCCAUUGAAAGGGAGACCGUCAUCUCUAUGGAGCCAGGCGUGUUGAAAUACAUCCAGACACAUUGUCAUCAACUAUUGGCUGACAUGGACCAAGUGUCUAUCUUUCCACUAGAAGCAGAGGAAGUUUGUGGGUUAAAGAUCCAUGGCCUUGCAAUUGCUUGUCAAAUAGCUGAGGAGGUGUUGCAGGGUAUAGUGUCCUCCAUCUGCACCAGGACCAUCACCGUAAACGCUCCAGGUGUGACCCGCUUCCUAGAUGAUACGGAGUGCAAGAGCAUCCUGAAGGAGAUGGAGACUAAGUUUCAAGUCCUUAUCAUCCCAAAGCUGGUGCCCUGGCAACCCCUGCCACACCAGGACAUUUUUGAAACCGCAUGGACGAUGAUGUCCCACAGAAACUUCCAGAAAGUGUCUUUGGAUGGUUCUGCACAAGAGUUAAAAUCAGAUUCAUUGCAUACUGAUCACAAUGGAGCGGCAGACAGAGGUCUUUUAGAUGAGGCAAAGAGAAUCGUCUCAGCUAUUGAUGAAGGACUCGAGGAGGGUGUGUCCAGUUCAAAUCAACUUGAUGACAUGGAUAACGUGGACCUGUAUACAGCAGAGGAACCAACCAGCCUGACAGACCAGGACUCUAAUGUGAUAGAUGUUGAUGCUUUCCAGCCCUCAGCUGAAAGGAAUGCUACGAGUGGGUUACUCCUGAAUGAUGGAGCUCUGGGCCUUUCCAGCAACCUUGAAGAAGAGGCCCAAAUGUCCCUAGCCAUCCAGUACUCUAUGGAGUCAAGUCAUUGGUCCCUGCAGGAGGAGGAGGAACAGCUGCAAAAAGCAUUGGAGUUGUCAAGGGAAAUGAGCCAACAUGAAGCUUCUGCUAGUAGUACUGACAAGAGCGCCCACGUGGACAAGCUGGGGAAGGGCAAAAAUAUUUCCUUAGAGGACACGAUCAAGGCGGCCAACACCAUACAGUUAGUAGUGUUCGCAGGUUAUAACUGUGACCUGAUUCGGGUGGACAUAGCCUUUGGGAAAAAGGUCAGCCAGAGACAGGUGGAGGAGAAACUGGAGCACAGGAGUGUAAAGAACAUGUCCGAAUACCACAGGAAGUGUCUGGAGAUGAUCAAGCGGAAGCACGCAGUGGAGAUUCAGAUUCAGGGAACCAUAAUUUCUGUUUCCGGCUUCAAGGAUUUUGUGACCGGAGCACUGUGUGAUGUGAAGUUGCUGCUGGAGAAAAUCUCCAAUUAUGUGCCCGACCAGGAAAUCCUGAGAGCUGUCCAGUGGGUACAUCACAUUCCAGCCUCCUCAGACACGACUCCUUAUUCACCCGAUGCUACAAUAUUCAUCGAGCAUGCUUGGAGAAUGAAGCUGAAAAAGGUUGAUAUCUUGAUGGACAAUCAGCCCCACACCAUAAACUUUGAGAAGAUGGAAGAAUACAACAUACCUUCAGGGAAAUCUGUGAAAAUCUCCAGGAAGUUGCUCAAUUUAGAGGAUUUGGUUGAGGAUGUGUCAGAGGAGGACUUCUCUCUGCUGUCAAACCUGCCUGAAGCAACCAAAGUCGAUGAGGAAUCUGAUGAAUUUCAGACUGUGGUGAAGAAUUUCUAUGAGACCAUUCAGGAAUACCACAGCAAAAUCAGAAUCAUACAGGUGGAGAAGCUCAUGAAUCGACUACUGUACAAUCAGUACAAGUUGAAGAAGGCGAGCAUACUACAGCGUGCUUUGUAUCCAGAAGUUGAACGAACUCUCUACCAUGGCACAAGUGAGACGAGUGUGAAAGAGAUCUGUGUUCAUGGAUUCAACAGAAGCUUCUGUGGAAAGAAUGCUACCGUCUAUGGUCAAGGGGUGUAUUUUGCUGUCAACUCUGCGCUGUCUGUCCAGGAUCAGUAUUCACCCCCAAACGCAGACGGAUACAAGUUUGUUUUUGUGUCAAAGGUUCUAACAGGAGACUUCACUAAAGGCUGCCAUUCGAUGAAGGCAGCCCCUCUAAAGGAGACCGGCGCCAUUCCCCUCCGAUAUGACAGUGUGACUGACGACAUCACCAAGCCGUCGAUGUUUGUCAUCUUCAACGAUACGCAGGCUUUCCCUGAAUAUCUCAUUACAUGCCAGAGAAUCCACCGUUAGGACGGAUUAGGCGUCAGAUGAUAACCAUAAAAUUGGGAGAAAAGGA